AUGGCAUCCCUCCUAACUAAUACCCUUCCCUGGCAUGAUGGCGAGAUACGAAUGCGCAAUUUGUUUCAUAUUCCUCCUCUUAGUAACCCCACAGUGCCUGCUCUAAGUUAUGGGGCAACUUAUAUGCUCUUAAACUCGCCUUUGCUUGCUAUUGGUGCCGUUGAUCGACAGGGCCGACCUUGGACAACGCUUUGGGGUGGUGAAGUAGGCUUCGCCAAGCCAACUUCCCAAUCGAAGAUUGAGGUUAAGACUCCUGUUGACAUCAGACAUGACCCUCUAGCAGAUAUACUGCUACAUGACAACUCAGGGGAGUCCGGGCAGUUGGUUUCCGGCUUAGUUGUCGAUCUAGCAACCCGCAAAAGAGCAAAGCUUUUUGGGAGGAAAAUCAGUGGAUCGAUACAACUGGGCGAAAAGAGCCAGGCUGACUCCAGCGGGGUAGGGAUUGCGCAAUUACUUGUGCAAAUAGAAGCAAGUCUUGGCAAUUGCCCCAAGUAUAUAAAUAUUAGAAACAUUACUCCAACUCUGCCUACUCCAAGGCUCAUCUCCGAGUCCGCUCAACUUCCUUCUAGUGCUUUGAAGCUCCUUGGCCGUGCAGACACGCUGUUCAUAUCCUCACGACAUGGAGAUGUGGAUAUGGAUACCAACAUCCGUGGCGGACCUGCAGGCUUUGUCCGUGUUAUAUCCAAUGAACCCAAUGGAGCCGUAUUUGCUUACCCAGAAUAUUCCGGGAAUCGCCUGUACCAAACCUUAGGCAAUCUUCAAACAACGCCUUUAGCGGGUUUUGUCUUUCCGGAUUUUGAAACAGGAAAUGCGUUAUACCUCACCGGACAAACUGAGAUCUUCGUGGGGAAAGAGGCCGCCGCUCUCCUUCCACGAUCAAACCUGGCCGUGAGAGUGACUGUCACCGCAGCGCGUGUACGAUAUUUAGCCACAGAAAAGGCUAGCCCUGCUGCUAUAGGAGAUGAAAAGUCAUCUGUCACAGCUAUGUUGGUAAAGAAGGAAUUACUUACCCCGACAAUAUGCCGGUUCCGUUUCCAAAUCUCAGAUCCGUCGAAGAUUGGGCCAUGGGUGCCUGGGCAAUAUGCUACCCUUUCAUUCCAAGAAGAGUUGGACAUGGGGUAUAGCCACAUGAAAGAUGACGAUCCAUCGAGUAUCAACGAUGACUAUGUCCGAACUUUCACAAUCUCAUCAUAUCCAGUACAUAACCGCUCUACAGAGUUUGAGAUAACUGCUCGGAGGCACGGUAAUGUAACCAAUUACCUUUUCAGAACCAACGAGCGAGCGGGUUUGGAGGUACCUUUGAAAGGCUUUGGUGGUGACUUCUAUUUGAAAGUACCAAGCGAGCAUGACAAACUUCCUUUUAUCGCCGGGGGUAUCGGAAUUACGCCACUUCUCGCACAACUCCCAGGUAUUGGUAUCUGUCACUUACGUUUACUAUGGUCUAUUUCCAUUCGCGACCUCGGUCUGGUUUUGGAUACGUUCAAUCGAUUCCCUCAACUACCCCACGUCACAAGCCUUUUCAUAACUGGGCCUGAGCCACAGGAUGAGAAGACUACUGAACAACUGGCGACAUUAGACGCAUCUGAAGCACGAGUUGAACGUCGCCGAAUGGAAGCCAAAGAUCUAGAUUUGUCCUUGGCAGAUGUGUGGGCACAUACAUACCGGAUCUUCUACACCCGUGACAGCUCGAAGGCUUUCCCUUUUCGUUUCAGUGCCCACCCCUCGACACCUUUUGUAGACCUGGGCACGCCUGAGCGUCCUGAGCUGAUCACUGAAACGAAAACGAGCUAUGACAUCCCGAUUCUAUCCCCUACAGCCUAUAAGCCAGGAUAUCUACUUGUAUCAACCUUCAAAUACCCAUCCCAAUCCCAACCUGACGGACUCUCCUGGGCCCUGAUAACACUCUGUACGUGGCUCGGAGGCGCAACACCCCAGCGCAUCCAAAAAUACAUCAAUGGCUAUCGAUCCCUCUACCCCGACUCGGCCAUUCUACUUAUCACUACACGCAUACUGGAAAUUAGUGCUCUUCCAUUCAGUGUUCUCCACGCGCGAUUAGGCCCCGCCCGCGACGUGAUUCGGCAAUUGAACAGCUCCACAGCAGAGGGAAAUCCUCCUUCUAUUCUCUUGCACAUCUUCUCUCAUGGCUGGUGUAACACUGCUCUCCAGCUAGCGAUAUCACUAUGCACGGAUUCGAACCACCCUUCCUUCGAGAUCGGAAAAUAUCUCGGCGUUGUUAUCUUCGAUUGCUGUCCCGGAGAUACAUCCUUUGACCGGGCUUAUCAGGCUGCAGCGCUUUCUCUUCCGAGCUCCUUGCCAGGCCAAAUGGUAGGAAAAUUGCUACUGUACCCUGCUAUUGGUCUUAUCAAUGGCCUUCAGAUGACUGGAUGGAUGAGCUCUGUGCGGGACAUGCGGAAACAGCUGAAUGAUCCUCAAGUUUUUGGGGCCUCGGCUGCUAGGUUAUACUUGUAUUCUACAGCUGAUCGAAUGGUUAGGUGGGAGGAUGUUGAGUCUCAUCAGAGGGAGGCUAAAUCUCUCCUGGGAUGUGCGGUGGAGGGUAUUGAAUUUCCGGAUAGUCCGCACUGUGCCUUGGUGAGGGAUCAUGCUGAUCAAUAUUGGGCGGAGAUAAAGACAUUUUGGACGGAAAGGAGAAACAAGGAGCCUAAUAUGAUCAACUCUGUACUGAGCGAGCGCCUUCGCAGCCGACUUUAA